AUGUUUCUCUUCCUUGUUGCUUUUUUGCCAGUGGUUUUUAAAAUUGGUUUUGUCAGCCUCUCAGCUCUGCAGCACUGGAACUGUCCUAAUGGAUACAGAUUAAAGACUGAAAACUCGGCUUGUAUAGAUAUUGAUGAAUGCCUUGAAGGUGGUUUGGGAAUCUGUGGCCAAACCUGUACCAAUGUUCCAGGGUCCUACAUCUGCUCCUGUUUGCCUGGCUACACUUUGGAUAUCAACAAACGGUCUUUUCUCAGUUGUGAGCACUAAAAAUGCUAUGUGAAUGACCCUGUACCAUUCCUACUUUUUAACCAUGGAAAUGCCAUCUUUAGAAUUGACACUGAAGGGACCAAUCAUGAAAGAUUGGUGGCUGAUACUGGUCGGUCAACGCUUAUGGAUUUUCAUUAUAUAGAAGAGAAAGUGUAUUGGGUAGACUCUGAAAGGCGACUGCUUCAAAGAGUUCACCUGAAUGGCACAAAACGAGAGAGACUAUGUUACAUAGACAAAGGUGUUUCAGGAUUUGCUAUUGACUGGAUAAAUCAAGACAUUCUCUGGGCCAACAGACAGAAAGCAACCAUAGAAGCAACAGACAUGAAUGGGAAGCAAAGGCGAGUUCUUCUAAGAGAGGUUGGUCGUCCCACAAGGAUUGCCCUUGAUGCUGAGCAAAGGCUAUUAUAUUGGUCUUCAGAUGGUAGAGUUUCUAGCAUACACCGAGCAACCCUCAGUGGAAGUGAUGUGAGAGGUGUUUUAAGGACCACAGAAAAAAUAAAGGCCAUCUCACUAGAUUUGGUUGACAGAAGGCUCUACUGGAUCCAACAUGACCAUGAGAAAGAGAUUUCCCGUAUUGGAUCCUGCAACUAUGAAGGUGGAGCGGUUCAUUUGCUCAAAAAUUCUGUCCGACAUCAACUGCUUGGUAUGUCUCUCUUUGCUGAUCACCUUUACUAUUCAGAGUUGAAAUCUGGUAUGAUAUGGAGAGCCAACAAGUAUACUGGAAAAGUUGUUGUUACAAUUAGCCUGAAGCCAUCAUUUUUUCCACCAGUGGAGAUGAAAGUGGUACAUCCAUUUAAACAGCCAGGUGCAAGAACAGAUUCUCAGGAUUUUGAAAAAGAAACCUGUGAUUUGAACAAGGAAAAGUGCAGAAGAAGAAUCUGCAGGCCAGACUCAAAGACUCAUCGGUGUAAAUGUGCAAGUGGCUUUAUUUUAAGCCGCAAUAAACAGUUUUGUGAAGAUAUCAAUGAAUGUGGUUUCUGGAAUCAUGGCUGUACUUUGGGCUGUGUGAACAUCCCUGGUUCCUAUUACUGCACUUGCCCAAGAGGUUUUGCUCUGCUGCCUGAUAGGAAAACAUGUCAUGAGCUAAUUUCCUGUACAAGUAACGUCACCGAAUGUAGCCAUGGUUGCCUUCAAACAUCUAAAGGGCCUGUUUGCUUUUGUCCUGAAGGAUCUGUACUCAAAGUGGAUAGCAAAACAUGCACGGGUUGUACAUCUCCAGAUAAUGGUGGCUGUAGUCAGAUAUGUUCUUCUUUAAGCCCAUCCUCCUGGGAGUGUGCUUGUUUUCCUGGAUAUAAGCUUCAGCAAGAUGGAAAGCACUGCACUGCUAUAGGUCCUAAGCCAUUUUUGUUAUUUGCAAAUGGCCAAGAUAUCCGGCAGAUCAGUUUUGAUGGAACAGAUUACACAAGUUUACUUGACUGGCAGAUGGGGAUAGUCUUAGCGCUGGACUCUGACCCAGUGGAAAAUAAGAUUUACUUUGCCCACACUGCAUUGAAAUGGAUAGAACGAGCUGAUCUGGAUGGUUCAAAUCGUGAAAAAGUUAUUCAUGAAGCUAUAGAUAUACCCGAAGGCCUUGCUGUGGAUUGGAUUAACCGCAAAUUGUAUUGGACAGACAGAGGGAAGGCAUGCAUUGAAAGGAGCAAUCUGAAUGGAAUGCAGAGAAAAAUGGUCGUCUGGGAGGAUAUCUCCCAGCCCCGAGGGAUUGUCGUUCAUCCGUUUGCUAAGAGACUAUUCUGGACUGACAUGGGGGUCAAUCCCCGGAUUGACAGCUCUUCAUUAGAAGGCAUCGAUCGCCAGGUUAUAGCCAGCACUGGUCUGGUGUGGCCCAGUGGAAUAGCCCUCGACUACUUAUCCGACAGGGUGUACUGGUGUGAUGCUAAGCAGUCAGUGCUUGAGAGCGCAAACCUGGAUGGCUCUGGUCGUCGAAUUCUUGCACAGAAUGAUGUAGGCCACCCGUUUGAUGUAGCAGUGUUUGAGGAUCACCUUUGGUUUUCUGACUGGGCUAGGCCAUCACUAAUGAGGGUGGACAAGAAGACCGGCCAAAACAGGGUACGUCUUCGAGGCAGCAUGCUGAGACCCUCAUCAGUGGUUGUAGUUCAUCCUUUGGCGAAACCAGGGGCAAAUCCUUGCCUUUAUGAGAAUGGAGGCUGUGAUCAGAUCUGUGAAAAUAAUUUUGGAGUUGCCCGAUGCAUGUGCCAUCCAGGAUUUGUGAAAACUCAAGAUGGAAGCACCUGCCGUGCUCUGGAUUCUUCCAACAUAACAGCAGGCAGUGUCUCAGUGCACAAGGAGGUAGCACUGAUGCCAAUACCAGAGACCUUGCUCCAGAGCACACAAAGCAGUGGGAUAUUAAAGGACAUGGACAGUGGGAAAAAACAGAAAAUCAGUGUUUUGUUGAUGGCUGAAAUCAUGGUAUCAGAUCAAGAUGACUGCACUGCACUAGAAUGUGAUGUCAAUGCACAGUGUGUUUUGCUGGAAGAUGGUGCUAUGUGCCAGUGUUUGAAAGGAUUUGCCAGGAAGGGGAAAUCAUGCUAUGAUGUUGAUGAGUGUGCUCUAAAUAUGGACCACUGUAAUCGAAACGUGUCAAGCUGUAUCAACACAGAAGGGGGCUACGUCUGCAAAUGCCUGCAGGGCUACACUGGAGAUGGAGUCCACUGCUAUGAUAUUGACGAGUGCAAGAUGGGGUCCCACACCUGCGGAGAGAACAUGACCUGCACAAAUACAGAAGGAAAUUUCACUUGCUCAUGUGCUGGUGAUGCUUAUGGAACUGGCAUCGGUUGUGAAUCUACUGCGUCCCCCACUGUUGUCAGCAAUGAAUACUCUACACACCCUGUGCAAGGUGACAUUGUAGGAUGUCCUCCUUUUUAUGAGUCGUACUGCCUCCAUGGUGGAGUGUGCAAUUAUGUUUCUGAUCUACAAGACUAUGCCUGCAACUGUGUGACAGGCUACGUCGGGGAGCGGUGCCAGUUCAGCGAUCUGGAGUGGUGGGAGCAGCAGCAUACCGAGCGAGUGAAGAUGUGGAACAUCACCAUCACAGUGUGUGUAGCAGUGCUGGUCCUCCUGCUACUGCUGGGGUCCCUGGCUGCCUACUGCCACAGAAGUCAGAACUUGUAUAAGAAGAAUCUCUAUGCAGAAGCGACAAGAGAUGCCAGCAGCCGUGCUGACAAUGAGACCGUGACACCUACCAGCAACAAGUCUCGGUUUGCAGUUGUUAAGGAGUGUAGCAGCUCUCUGGAGGCUAAAGCGGUUGAUCUGAUUGAGUGUGAGACAGCAGAUCCUCAUCCUGCCUGUCCUUCAGGAUAUGUGGAAGAACAGCCUAUAGCAUUUAACAAAGCAGCAAAGGCUUUGGCAGAAUUGGAGAGAGGGCAACGCUGCCGACAAGAGGUUGCUGUUGUUACACACUUGAGUAACUUUGUGGAGUCUCCUCUGAAUUAUGUUGGUGUCAACAGUAAGAACAUUGAGCCCAAGGUGUCUGAAUUGCAAAAAUUAUAA